GAAAAGAAAGCAAGCCAGGAUGGAUAUUUAUGACACUCAAACCUUGGGAGUUGUGGUCUUUGGAGGAUUCAUGGUUGUUUCCGCCAUUGGCAUCUUCCUGGUGUCGACCUUCUCAAUGAAGGAGACGUCGUAUGAAGAAGCCCUAGCCAACCAGCGCAAGGAGAUGGCAAAAACUCACCACCAGAAAGUAGAGAAGAAAAAAAAGGAGAAAGCAGUGGAGAAGAAAGGAAAGACCAAGAAAAAGGAAGAGAAACCCAAUGGGAAGAUACCCGACCAUGAGCUGGCCCCAAACGUGACCAUCCUUCUCAAAGAACCUGUUCGGGCACCUGCUGUGGCUGUGGUUCCAUCACCCGUCCAGUCCCCCGUGGUCAUUGCCCCUGUAGCCACGGUACCAGCCAUGCCCCAAGAGAAGCUGGCCUCCUCCCCAAAGGACAAAAAGAAGAAGGAGAAAAAAGUGGCAAAGGUGGAACCAGCAGUCAGUUCUGUAGUGAAUUCCAUACAGGUUCUUGCCUCAAAGUCUGCCAUCUUGGAAACCGCUCCCAAGGAGGUGCCUAUGGUGGUUGUGCCCCCAGUGGGUUCUAAGGCCAGUACCCUAACCACCGGCACUGCUCAGGGCAAAAAGGCCGAGGGGGCCCAGAACCAGGGCAAAAAGACUGAAGGGGUCUCGAACCAGGGCAAAAAGGCCGAGGGGGCUCAGAACCAGGGCAAAAAGGCCGAGGGGGCCCAGAGCCAGGGCAAAAAGGGUGAGGGGGCCCAAAACCAGGGCAAAAAGGCCGAGGGGGCCCAGAGCCAGGGCAAAAAGGCCGAGGGGGCCCAAAACCAGGGCAAAAAGGCUGAAGGGGUCCCAAACCAGGGCAAAAAGGCAGAGGGGGCCCAGAACCAGGGCAAAAAGGCCGAAGGGGUCCCAAACCAGGGCAAAAAGGCUGAAGGGGUCCCAAACCAGGGCAAAAAGGCCGAGGGGGCCCAGAGCCAGGGCAAAAAGGCCGAGGGGGCCCAAAACCAGGGCAAAAAGGCAGAGGGGGCCCAGAACCAGGGCAAAAAGGCCGAGGGGUCUCAGAACCAGGGCAAAAAGGCCGAGGGGGCCCUGAACCAGGGCAAAAAAUUGGAAGGGGCUCCCAACCAGGGCAAAAAGGCUGAGGGGGCCCAGAACCAGGGCAAAAAAGUGGAAGGGGCUCCCAACCAGGGCAAAAAGGUAGAGAGGGCCCAGAACCAGGGCAAAAAGGUGGAGGGGGCCCAGAGCCAGGGUAAAAAUACUGAGGGGGCCCAGAGCCAGGGUAAAAAUACUGAGGGGGCUCAGAAUCAGGGUAAAAAGGCAGAGGGAACUCCUAACCAGGGCAGAAAGACCGAGGGGGCCCAGAAUCAGGGUAAAAAGGCCGAGGGGACCCCUAACCAGGGCAAAAAGGCCGAGGGGACCCCUAACCAGGGCAAAAAAGCAGAGGGGGCCCAGAACCAGGGCAAAAAAGCAGAGGGGGCCCAGAAUCAGGGCAAAAAAGCAGAGGGGGCCCAGAAUCAGGGCAAAAAGGCAGAGGGGGCCCAGAACCAGGGCAAAAAAGCCGAGGGGGCCCAGAACCAGGGCAAAAAGACUGAGGGGACCCAGAACCAAGGCAAAAAGGCUGAGGGGACCCAGAACCAGGGCAAAAAAGGGGAGGGGGCUCCCAACCAGGGCAAAAAGGUCGAUGCAGUUGCUAAUCAGGGCACAAAGGCAGAGGGUGUUUCAAACCAGAGGAAAAAAGAGAGUCCCAGUCAAGGCAAAAAGGCAGAGGGAAUACCAAACCAGGGCAAAAAGGCAGAGGGGUCCCCCAACCAGAGCAAAAAGGUAGAUGCAGUUGCCAGUCAGGGUAAAAAGAUAGAGUCAGUUCCUCUCCAGGGCAAAACUACAGAUAUGGUCCAGAGCCAGGAGGCACCAAAGCAAGAGGCUCCUACAAAGAAGAAGUCUGGUUCUAAGAAAAAAGGUGAGCCUGCGCCCCUGGAUUCCGACAGCCCUCUCUACCUCCCCUACAAGACGCUGGUCUCCACGGUUGGAAGCAUGGUGUUCAGCGAGGGCGAGGCCCAGCGACUCAUCGAGAUCCUGUCGGAGAAGGCUGGCGUCGUUCAGGACACCUGGCAUAAGGCCACUCAGAAGGGCGACCCCGUGGCGAUUCUGAAACGCCAGCUGGAAGAGAAGGAGAAGCUGCUGGCCACAGAGCAGGAAGAUGCGGCUGCUGCCAAGAGCAGACUGAGGGAACUCAAUAAGGAGAUGGCAGCAGAAAAGGCCAAGGCAGCAGCCGGGGAGGCCAAGGUGAGAAAGCAGCUCGUGGCCCGGGAACAGGAGAUUGCAGCCGUGCAGGCGCGCAUGCAGGCCAGCUACCAGGAGCAUGUGAAGGAGGUACAGCAGCUGCAGGCCAAGAUCCGGACUCUGCAGGAGCAGCUGGAGAAUGGCCCCAACACUCAGCUGGCCCGUCUGCAGCAGGAGAACUCCAUCCUGCGGGACGCUUUGAACCAGGCCACAAGCCAGGUGGAGAGCAAGCAGAAUGCGGAGCUGGCCAAGCUCCGUCAGGAGCUCAGCAAGGUCAGCAAGGAGCUGGUGGAGAAGUCGGAGGCUGCACGACAGGAGGAGCAGCAGCGGAAGGCUCUGGAAACCAAGGCAGCCGCCUUUGAGAAGCAGGUCCUGCAGCUGCAGGCGUCUCACAAGGAGAGUGAGGAAGCUCUGCAGAAGCGCCUGGAUGAGGUCAGCCGGGAACUGUGCCGCACGCAGACCAGCCACGCCAGCCUCCAGGCAGAUGCCGAGAAGGCCCAGGAGCAGCAGCAGCAGAUAGCGGAGCUGCACAGCAAGUUACAGUCCUCUGAAGCAGAGGUGAAGAGCAAGUGUGAGGAGAUGAGCGGUCUCCACGGGCAGCUCAAGGAGGCCAGGGCAGAGAACUCACAGCUCUCGGAGAGAAUCCGGUCCAUCGAGGCUCUGCUGGAGGCAGGCCAGGCCCGGGACGCCCGGGACGCCCAGGACGCCCAGGCCAGCCAAGCAGAGGCCGAGCAGCAGCAGGCUCGCCUCAAGGAGCUGGAGUCCCAGGUGUCGGGUCUGGAGAAGGAGGCCACCGAGCUCAAGGAGGCCGUGGAGCAGCAGAAGGUGAAGAACAAUGACCUCCGAGAGAAGAACUGGAAGGCGAUGGAGGCGCUGGCCUUGGCUGAGAGGGCCUGCGAGGAGAAGCUGCGCUCCCUGAGCCAGGCCAAGGAAGAGUCGGAGAAGCAGCUCCACCUGACCGAAGCACAGACCAAGGAGGUGCUGCUGGCCCUGCUCCCGGAGCUCUGUGUCUCUGCACACCAGAGUUACGCUGAAUGGCUGCAGGAAUUCAAAGAGAAAGGCUCCAAGCUGUUGAAGCAGCCACCGGCUACCACGGAGCCGCCCUCGGACCUGGCCUCAAAGUUGAGGGAGGCCGAGGAGACCCAGAACUCUCUGCAGGCCGAGUGUGACCAGUACCGCAGCAUCCUGGCUGAGACGGAGGGCAUGCUCAAAGACCUGCAGAAGAGCGUUGAGGAGGAGGAGCUGGUGUGGAGGUCCAAAGUGGGCACCACAGAGGAGGAGCUCCAGAAGUCACGGGUCACAGUGAAAUAUCUCGAAGAGACUAUAGAGAAGCUAAAAGGAGAGCUUGAAAAUUCAGAUCAGGUGAGGGAGCACACCUCGCAGCUGGAGGCGGAGCUGGAGAAGCACAUGGCAGCUGCCAGCGCCGAGUGCCAGAACUACGCCAAGGAGGUGGCAGGGUUGAGGCAACUUUUAUUAGAAUCUCAAUCUCAGUUGGAUGCAGCCAAGAGCGAAGCCCAGAAACAGAGCCAUGAGCUCACCCUGGUGAGGCAGCAGUUGAGUGAGAUGAAGAGCCACGUAGAGGAUGGUGACGUAGCUGGGUCCCCGGCUGCGCCCCCAGAGGUCCCCCCAGCUGAGCAGGACCCCAUCGAGCUGAAAAUGCAGCUGGAGCGGACAGAAGCCAUCCUGGAGGACGAGCAGACGCAGCGGCACAGGCUCACGGCCGAGUUGGAGGAGGCCCAGACCUCAGCGAGUCGGUUACAAGAGGAGCUGGAGAAGCUCCGUGCUGCCGGCCCCCUGGAGUCUUCAGAAACGGAGGCAGCCUCGCAGCUGAAGGAGAGACUAGAAAAAGAGAAGAAGUUAACGAGUGACCUGGGGCGCGCUGCCACCAAACUGCAGGAGCUUUUGAAGACAACCCAAGAACAGCUGGCAAAGGAGAAAGACACAGUGAAGAAGUUGCAGGAACAGUUAGAAAAAACAGAGGACAGUAGCAGCUCAAAGGAGGGCACCUCUGUCUGAGUCUCCUCUGCGGCAAAAGAAGUUACUGUUCAACUUACCAAAAUGCCUUACAUUCCUUACAAAUAAAUAAACCAACACAGCGUUACCCAGGCCCAACUUCCGGUAGCUCCAAGAGAAGCCAUUAGAGACAAGAGUCUCUUAGAACCACAGAAAUAGAUCUUCCAGAUCCCCACUUUAUAAAAGAACCUUUGUCACAUUCGAUAAACACUAUUCCCCGGAGCAGCCCUGGACCACCGCCGAGCAGACGCCAAAGCCCUCAUCAACUAACUCUAGGACAGGCCCGCGGUGCGUGCUGGGAGGCGGGCGCUCUGGGGACCUGUGUGUCCAUCGUGCAAUUGUUUUGUCUUUUUUCAGUGGGGUGGGAGGGCGGGAGUGGGGCAUGCCCAGGUGGUGAGUUCUCGGAGGCUGUGCAGCAGACUGGAGGCCACGACCCAGCCCAGCCAGGCAGCAGCCCCUCACCCCACAAGUUGCCAGCUAGAACUGCUGGGGACCUCCUGGAUGUUAAUGCCAUUAAACCAACGUUGCCCGGCA